GCUACCGAAUCGGACGGCGGCGGCGGCGCCAGAGCGAAGAGGAGGCGGCGGGUGGAUGAGCAAGUGGGCCAGCGAAAAGAGGUGGCGGCGGGGCCGGAGGCGGCUCAUGUUUUCCCCAUCUCAGCGCUGCCGGACGACCUACGGCGGCGCAUCCUGACCCGUCUCCCACUCAAGGAUGCCAUCCGCACGGUGGCGCUCCCGCAGGGGUGGCGCGACCUCUGGAAGAGCCGAUGGGCGGAACCGACAUCCUGCCUCGACAUCCACCUCCUCCCCGGCGACAAGCCUGACUGAGGUGCUCCGCUUGCUGGAGAGCGGCCCGCGUCGCCGCCUCGACCGCGUCUCCCUCGUCGUUGACAACCAGAGGCUCAGGAACCACCACCUCAGGCGCCUCCUCGCGUACGCCGCCGAGUGCCGCGUCAAGGACCUCCAGAUCGAUCUGCGUCCUCGCGCAUCUCUCCCUCCGCAACAUCAACAUAAGCGACCAUUACUACAAGGACGCGCAGUCAUUCUGUGUGUUCGAGAUCAUCCGCCUCCACUCCGUCACCAGUAGUGUGAAUUUCAGCAGAGUUGUGGCACUGUGCCCCCCGCCUCCGCAUUCUCGAUCCGCGCCGCUGUUACUGUGGCCGCAUUCUUCUGCGCGGUGCCAGAGACCGCAUCCCGCCCCCCGAACUCCCUGAGCCCAGUCACCAUCGCCGAAUGCCACCGGGAGACCAGGCUGCAUACUGUAGGGGUGCCUAGGCUCCGCUCCUUACGCUACAGCGGUAAAUUCUUCGAUUUUUCCUACGACCUUCCGAUGGGCCCUGCACCCACUGGCCUCUACAUCUGCCUUAGUGAGCUAAUACCCCACACCUGGAAUAGAAUCCUCCCGAAUGAUCUCUCCGGUCUCACGGUACUCACCGUCUGCAGCAAUGCCCUCAAGGACCAAUUGCUGAUGAGACAAGAUUUUUUUUCGAGAACGUGCAAAGCGCCGAUGGGACAAGAUGAGUAAAUUGCCGAGUUUGAAAGAGCUACUGCUGCUGAUGCUUGAAAUGGAGAUGCACAACCUAGCUGACAUUUAUCUGCUCCUCAAGUCUUGCCACUUUUCUAAUCUUGAGAGGCUCUUUGUGCAGCUCCUGGCUACCAGUGACGUGGCCUCGAGGGAUUUAGUUGAAGAGGUGUGCGUGUAGAACUACCAGGGGCAGUGGCGGCAUACCCUACAUGCCCAGCGUAUACGGUUUCGGCGCAAGGACAAAGCAGAGCAGAUAAAAACAAGGAGAACACAUCGCCGCAGUCGCAUCGCGCCGCGCCCACGGUUUUUACCCAGAUUGGGGAACGAGCGAGAAAUGGCGAUCGGCAAUCCCGACGACGGCGCCGGCGUCGGCGACGACAGUGGAGCAAAGAAGCAGAGGGUUGAUGAGCAAGGGGACGGAAGCGAGGUGGUGGGUGCGGAUCCGAUCUCGGUGGAUCGCAUCUCGGCGCUGCCGGACGACCUGCGGCGGCGCAUCCUGACGCACCUCGUCCUCAAGGAGGCCAUCCGCACAGGGGCGCUCGCGCGCGGGUGGCGCGACCUGUGGAGGAGCCGGUGGGACCGUGGCUCCAUCGAGGUGUGCCUCUACUCCCGCAACGACCCACAGAGGGAGUUGGGCGCGUUGGAGCAGGAACCGCCUCCGCGCCUCCGCAUGGACCGUUUCUCCCUCGUCGUCGAGACCUCCUGGCUCAAGUCCUCAGAGCUCAAGCGCUUCAUCAGGUACGCCACAGAUCGCCGCGUUGAGGAUCUCCACGUCGCGAUGCGGAAGAGCGGCAAGAACAAGCUUAACUUCCACCUGCCACUGUCGAGCUGGACCCUUGUGUGCCUCUCGCUCCACCGCAUCAGCAUCUCCAACAUGUACUACAAGGGCGCCCGACCAUUCCGUGCUCUUGAGGCAAUCCGGCUCUACUCAGUCUCCAUUAAGGUGGGUUUCACAACAAUGAUGGAGUUGUGCCCUAGCCUUGUCACUCUUGACCUGCGCGACUGCAACAUCCACUGUGACAUCCGCUGCGACCGCGGCACACGCUUAUUGUUAGUGCCACGGACCGUCAAGAAUGUCACCAUCGUGGAGUGUGAUGGGUAUUCCAAAAUAUGGAUGCUCACGCGUAACCUCCGCUCCUUCCGCUAUAGUGGUGACGUCUGCCAUGGGCUCUUCUACCUUCCAUGGGAGGGCAGCAUGCUUGCUGAUCUCUAUAUUCAGUUUGCCAACCAGCUAGUAUCAAACCAGCACAAUAUCGAUAGUUUGGAAUUUUCUAUCCCCAAGAAUAUACCAGGCCUCAACGUUCUCACCAUUUGUUGCAAUGCCCUGCAGGUUGCAUCGUAUUCCUUGCCAAGUAAUGGUGUCACGUUGCCUAGUCGCAACUUACACAGUUUGAGAGAGCUGCAACUGCUCAUGUCAGACAUGGAAGCUGUCAACCUAGCUGAUCUCUACGUGUUCCUCAAGUCCUGCCGAUGUCCUAAUCUGAAAAGGCUCUUUGUGCAGCUCUCGGCCUUCAGUAAUGAGCCCAUGGAAGGUCCUAUUGAUCAGGUGAGGGAAGAGCCACCUCAGGAUGGCUUUGACAACCUUGUGAUGGUAAAGGUCAUGAACUUCAGUUGGCGCCCUACUGAGGUGCAACUAGUGAGUUUUUUGUUGAGGAAAGCUAGCUCUCUGUGUAAAAUAUUGAUAGUUUCUCCAAAUAACACUCCGCUGGAUUUGCCUGGUGUACAAGAAGCAGACCUUUUGCUUCUGAAAGAAGCUUUAGCCAACGGUAAGAUAGUGCUGAGUGAGUUUGACGAUGCUACAAUUCAACCAUAUCAUUCCGAGGCCUUUAUCAAGUUUUAGUUUUCAAUGACAAGGCGAUCGAGUCAGAGUCCUAUGGCUAGCAAUAUCAAACUAUUAGGGAGUUAUCCUUUUUGUUGUAAACUCUUAUAGAUAGCAUGCACUAUGAAGAAGCCUAUAAUGUUACAUUCUUAAUUUUUUCUAGAGUAUUAAUGCUUGCAAAGUAAAAAUCAUGUAUUCCAGUUCCAGUA